AUGGCUCGCUUACAUCAGCUCCCAAUCGAGGUACGGGCGCGGAUAUGCGAAUUCAUCGGCAACAUUGCCGACGCCCCCUCCGACUACCAGCCCGAUCCGCGCGGACUCGAUAACUUCUUUCCGACGGAUUCGUGGCUGAGCCCUACGUACUCGUCAAUUUACAGGGAUCUACGGUCAUUGGCGCUUACUUCGAAAGCUUUCACGGACUCAGCACAGCGCGUUUUGUUCAGGAUUGCGGUAGUCAAAGCCGGUGUUUCACUUGGAGAGUCCUACGGCGCUGAUGGCUUGGACGACCCUUCGGACGACUUUCUCAUGGGAUUCAGCUUAGAUGAAUGCACUUCCAAUACUUUCCCGCAACUCAAAUCCCUUACGCUCAACUACAAUGCCCUUCAAGAUCGGGUUGACUCUAUAGCCGCCAGACCAAGAUACCUCUACCCUGUGGGAUGUCCCCCAAACAUCGAAAGACUCACACUAGCGGGGUAUUGGUCUUCUAAAGUCCCGAGCAUCAAUUACAUUCACUCGUGGAUUCGGAGCAACACAUCGCUGAAGGAGCUUCGGGUCGUCAACGGAUUCGACGAUCGCCUUUGUGCCUUCGAUCGCCUGGGUGCCUUGUAUGCUGACAGUACAACACGCAAGAGGAUUGUGAAUUGGAACACCAUCCUUCCUCUGUUCAAAGACACUUUGGAACUUCUCGUAUUCGAUGGAUAUAAAAGUAUACACGAAGAUUCAGAAGUCCGUUUUGGCCCCACGCGGAUGCUCUCUUGUUUAGGAGAAUUUGAGAAGUUGGCCUACCUCAAGGUGCCAUUGCACAUGCUGCGGCAAGACUGCCCCAAGCUUUGCGUGCCAAAAACAGGACAGCACGUCUUGGACCUCGUGCAGGCCAAACUCCCAAAGGGGUUGAAGAAGGUGGAUAUUGUAGUGUUCGGAAGGGGAGAGCUUGCCGAGAACACCAAUGAAUGGGAACAGAAUUGGAUUACCCCCAUCGAGACCUUCCAGGUUCGGCUUUAG